AUGGAGAAUUACUUGAUUCCUGGGUUUAGGUUUUACCCUACUGAAGAAGAACUGGUUUCUUUCUAUUUGAAUACCAAGCUUGAAGAUGGAAGACAUGAUUUGAAGCAAGAAAUGGAUCAAAUCAUUCCUAUUUUGGAUAUCUAUGAUUUCAAUCCUUGGGAUCUUCCAAGGUAUGCUGGGGAGGUGUGUAAGAGAGAUAAAGAGCAAUGGUUCUUUUUCAUAGCAAGGCAAGAGAGUGAAGCAAGAGGAGGAAGGCCAAAGAGAUUGACAACCACAGGGUAUUGGAAGGCCACUGGUUCUCCAAGCCAUGUUUACUCUUCAACCCAUAAGACCAUUGGUCUUAAAAAGACUAUGGUUUUCUACAAUGGAAGAGCUCCCCAUGGAACCAAAACUGAAUGGAAGAUGAAUGAAUAUAAAGCUAUUCAUCCUUCUUCGUCUUCCUCCGCUACUCCCGUUUUUCGGUUGAGACAAGAGUUCAGUUUAUGCCGAAUCUACAGAAAAUCCAAGACUUUACGGUCAUUUGAUCGACGACCCCAACCACGUGAACUCGAGAUAGCUCAAUCCACUGCAAAGGCACAAGCAGCAACAACUGAGCUACCGAGCAGUGCUAAUGAACCUAACCCAACCUUAAAAGCUCCAUUGACGGGGACCAUGCUGGGCGAGAGCUCUCGAACCAUUGCAGAGACCAGUAAUGAGCUUAACGUAGAAGCCAUGAGGGAUGCUUAUGAGCCCAUGUGGGACUGGGAGCUCCUGAAUUGGUUCUGA